AUGGAAGGAUUACAGAAGUCAAAACGCGUUUCUUGGGCUUCCGACAUUAAUCUUUCUGAGGUCAAGUUUUAUUUCACUGACGAAUCUCCAUCCCGAAUAGGGCUAAGUGGAGAAGAUGAUCUCCAAGUUCAGACACUAUGGGAUCAACAAUCAGUUGAAACAGGAAUUGAUUUGAAUUUUCCUCCUAAAAUUGAUGAAUUUCAUUCUAUAAGCUUUUUAAAGAAUAAAAUCUCUCAAAUUCCUCUUAUUAAAUGGAGUUGUCCUCCCAAGUUAAUGUUGGAGCGGAUAUGGCGAGUGGGAUCGGGAGAAGAAAGUUUAGAAGUCGAAGAACAAUAUCAGCGCGAGAGUGGGAUUCCCGAAACAAUAUAUUAUCCAGGAUCCAUCGUUCCUUCCAACCCUUCUAUGUUAAUGGACAUAGACAAUGAGGACAAUCAAAACUCACCUUUCGAGAUCCCCAUUAAUCUGAUAGAAGAUGAAGAACUCGAUCAUAUGGAUUCAACCAACCUUAUUGACUUUGCAACAGCUGCAUGUAAGGUCCUGACUUCCAUAGUGCCAAGUGGUGAUGAAGAUAGUAAUAUGGACCCUGAUGAGCUUUUUAAGGCCCUGACUAAUCCGAUAAUUGUGGGAAAUUUGAUUAAACUAAAUGAAGCAACAUCAACUAGUUUGGUUGUUUCCUCUGAUCAAAUUACUAAUCAUUCUCAAAAGAGAAUGGGGGAACCUCUUACUAAUGUGAGGCCUCUAUCUAAGAGGAAAGAUGAUAAUGACUAUAAGACUUUUGUUGAGAAACAUGGUGGUGAAAGAAGAGAUGAUAAUGGUGGUGAAAGAAAGUAUGAUAAUGGUGUUGAGAAAUAUGGUGGUGAAAGAAGGUAUGAUAAUGGUGGUGAAAGAAGAUAUGAUAAUGGUGGUGAAAGAAGAAGAUAUGGUAAUGGUGGUGAAAGAAGGAGAAGAAGAAGAAGGAAUGAUAAUGGUGGUGAAAGAAGAAGAUAUGAUAAUGGUGGUGAAAGAAGAAGGAAUGAUAAUGGUGGUGGUGGUCGGUAUGGUGGGCGUCGUAGAGAAUCGUCUUCUUCAAACGACAACGACUACAGGCGGCGGGGCACAAAAUCAUGUUCCUUUUACAACACUCUCGUGGGAUGCCGGAAUGGAGAUAAUUGUAAUUUUAAGCACGACUCCUCAUCCAAAGAUCGAACGUAG